GAAUAUUUUCAGAUAUACAAUUAUUUUGUAAAGUAAAAGAUAGUUAUACCCUAAAUCAAAAAACACUCUUUUUCAUCGUCUUCCUCGUCGACUACAGCAGCAAAAAGCCCUAAAUCUUAUCUAACGAAAACCCAGGGGACGAAGAACCUCUUCUCGAGUCGAUCCUUGACUCGAUCCUUUUCAGCUGUUGCUAAAAAUCAAUGGCGAGGCUCGUCGGAUCUGUUCAAGUUCGAUGACAGAAGCUCUAGUUUGUUCAAUUGCUUCUUAAACGAUUACGAAGAAGUUUAUAGAAUCAUAUCAGUGAGAGAAUUUUGGCUUGAGAUUGAGGUGAUAAAAGAUUCAGGAAUAUCCUUUUACUCAAGCCACAAUAAUCACCGGUGUUUGAUUGAAAAGUUUUUUUUGGUUGUUGUUUCUCUGUUGUUGCAAUCAAAGCAACUUUCAAAUACACAUAAUUCGAUUGAUUUGAAGUCUGCUACAGCGGCUUUCACCAAUCAAGUUACUUUCAUAAGAUGUGAAAUGUUAUCAGUAAGUUUGAAUCUUGGAAAACAUCUUACAUGUUCUGUUUUGUGGUUUAGAUAUUCUCUAGAACCUAGGAUUUGAGUAACACAGUUCAUCAUUGUGUUUUGUGGUUUGUAUAAUACAAACCUUUCUUGUGAGAUCUCUUACUCCUCCAAAUCUAUGUGUUGAACUAAAGCGCUAGUGAGUACAUAUUUUUACUAAGGAGUUAUUGGAACUAAAGUGGUAGUGGAUGAUGUUAUGACUUGUAUUUAAUUUGAUGUUGCAGUAUCUUCCAAGUACGUCUGAAGGAAGAUUUUAAAUAGUUAUAUUUAUUAGGAUUUGGACCUAAGAUUUUGUAAACUAGCAUAUGAGUGUAAAGAGAUUGCUUUACAUGGUACCAUUGUUGCAAUUCUGGAGUCAAAAGUUGAAAAUCAAAGAAGAUUCUAAAGAAGACGAGGGAAACUGAAUCAGUCUUACAUCAUUGUUUGUGAAGUUCAUAGGUCUCUUAUGUACAGUAAUUAUUCCAAAUUGGGCAUUGUAUUUGAAUUUUUAUGAACCUUCUUCAUUGUUCACACAUUUUAUACAGUUUUUAAAAAAUUUACGAUUUUUUAAAAAGUUUUAUAAUGUUUUAUAAACUCUUAUAAAAUGAAUUUUAUAAAUUCGUAUUAGUGCA